UGUAAAGUCACUGCAGCGGGCAGGAAAUCGCUGCCUUUCCAAAGUCUGGUAAAGGUUGGUGCAGGUCUCUUACCUGCUCCUGAAGCACAGCUUGGCUGCACGAGAGGUGCAAGGGGCAGGGCACUGUGUAUCUGUGCCGCUCGCUGCUCCGUGCGCUGCAAGGCACGGGCUGUUAUUGUGCACCUGGGUUGUGCUUGUGUUUCACCAGGAACCAGAGCAGCCAGAAAGGAUGGAAGGGGGACGUUUUAUCUUGUUUUCUUGAUCUUGCUGUUAACACGUUUCUCACCCUGCCUUGCAUACCUCGUGUCCUCCCUUUGCAGAGCCUUUUGGGUGGCCGUGCAGAGUCUCCAGGCAGAUGUUGCUUUCCGGCAAGUGGCUGCCAUCACCUUUCAUCCUGGGGCCUCACUGCUUGCUGCACUGCUGCUGUGGGAUGCUAAUGUGGGCACUCUCUAAUUCUCUAAUUUGUCAGGGCUAAAGAGACCAAUUCUGAGACCCAAACCAACAGUGAAUUUCUAGAAGGCAGUGACAGUGUCUGUCCUGCCUGAGUGCUACACAGGAAGAGCUGAGAGCCAGCACUGCCCUAAGCUUGACACGCAGGGCAGUGACCUAUGUGAGUGUGUGCCCAGGAAUGGAGCCAGGGAACCUGGGGAACCUGGGGAACCUUCCCCACCGUGCCUGGAGAACCAGUGCCAGAGAGCCGCAGGGAGGGUGGCUGGGUGGUGUCUGACCGGGUGGGAGCCAGGGCUGGUUCUGAGGAACUCCUGGCUCCGGAGAUUUGCCUGUGGUGUGAAUCCCAGGGUGUAUUUAUCCUAAGUGAUGUUGUCUGGGAUGUCUUUAGCUUAGGCAUUUGGGUCUAGCUUGGAAAUUAUGUGAGAAGGGAGGUGUUUGCCAGGGUCUGUGCCCACCCUUCAGCUUCGGCAGGCCCUGGGGAGGGGAACACAUUGCUGCGGGGGGAGCAGGCUGCGAAACCCUGGGGCCGCUCAGGUGGAGCUGGCUGGAGCCGUGCAGCCCGCAGCUACCUGCAGCCACCCGAGCUGUGGGCGGAGGACUGUGUGCUGAGCCCAGUGGGGAGAGUAGCUGGAGCAGGGCUGUGAACCCCACGAACGAGCUGUGUUCACCUUUGGGGUGCACCCCGGGACACGGCACAGGCUGUUUGCUGCUGGCCGCAGGAUGUUGCUGUGUGCAGGAGGUGCCGCUGGACGUGCUGCUCCUUGAGUGCGCUUGGACCAUGAGAAGCAGUACGUGGGCUUUGCCACUCUGCCCAACCAGGUCCACAGGAAAUCCGUGAAGAAAGGUUUCGACUUCACCCUGAUGGUUGCAGGAGAGUCGGGUCUGGGCAAAUCCACGCUGGUGAACAGCCUGUUCCUGACGGACCUCUACAAAGACAGAAAGCUCCUCAAUGCGGAGGAGAGAAUCAACCAGACAGUGGAGAUUGUCAAGCAUACGGUGGACAUAGAGGAGAAGGGCGUCAAGCUGAAGCUGACCAUAGUGGACACACCAGGCUUUGGAGAUGCUGUUAACAACACUGAGUGCUGGAAGCCCAUCACCGACUACAUCGACCAGCAGUUUGAACAGUAUUUCCGUGAUGAGAGCGGCCUGAACAGGAAGAACAUCCAGGACAACCGAGUACACUGCUGCCUCUACUUCAUCUCGCCCUUCGGGCACGGGCUGAGGCCUGUGGAUGUCGAGUUCAUGAAGGCUCUGCAUGAGAAGGUCAACAUUGUGCCGCUCAUUGCCAAGGCUGACUGCCUGAUCCCCUCUGAGAUCCGGAAGCUAAAAGAGAGGAUCCGGGAAGAGAUUGAGAAAUUUGGCAUUAAAGUAUACCAGUUUCCUGAGUGUGACUCUGAUGAAGAUGAGGAGUUCAAGCAGCAAGAUAGAGAGCUGAAGGAGAGUGCUCCCUUUGCUGUCAUCGGCAGUAACACAGUGGUGGAGGCAAAAGGCCAGCGAGUCCGUGGACGGCUGUACCCGUGGGGCAUUGUGGAAGUGGAAAAUCAGGCGCACUGCGACUUUGUGAAGCUGCGGAACAUGCUGAUCCGGACACACAUGCACGACCUGAAGGAUGUCACUUGCGAUGUCCAUUAUGAGAACUACCGAGCCCAGUGCAUCCAGCAAAUGACCAGCAAGCUGACUCAGGACAACAGGAUAGAAAGCCCCAUUCCUAUCCUGCCUCUCCCAACACCAGACACUGAGACAGAGAAGCUGAUCAAAAUGAAGGACGAGGAGCUGCGGCGGAUGCAAGAAAUGCUGCAGAAGAUGCAGCAGCAGAUGCAGGAUCAGUGAGAUGCGGGUACCUGGAGGGCAAAGGGAACCCCUCAGCGACCAACCGAAGCCUGGCAAGAGCUGUGGACGUUUAAAAAGAGGUUUCCUGUUGUAUAAAGACUUGUGGGCAAGAGCUGCACCCGCAACUUCUAAUUUAUUAGCAGCAGCGCUGGCUUUGCGGUCAGCUGGGUUGUGGAGAAGGCUGUUCACUUAACUGUUUACUGAUGUGUAUUUCUUUUUUUAUUAUUCUUUCUUUUCUUUUUUUCUCGUUUUGUUUUUUCAAAAGGAACUAGCCUGGGAAGUCUCUAAGGCAUCCUAAAAAGGGGGGAAAAAAGGAAAAGAAACAGAUCUCCCUUUCCCAUGUACUAAUCUCUUGUUUGGGAAUGCUCUGGUAUUUAAAGUCCUGGUUUCUCUGGUGUACGAACUUGAAGAAUAUCUGUGUCGAUGCACGUAGAUGUUUACUCCCACCUGAGGUGCUGUGCCCCCUUCCCCACUCCCCUUGUCCAGGGCCAGCACAAGCGUUGUAAAGGCAGACCUUCCCUCCUGGGAGUUCAACCUGCUCCGCCAGGGGCCAGAUGUGGACCGGAGAGUAGGGACUGGGGGGUUCUUUGUGCACUGACCUGCCUGGGGGCCCGCUGCUUGUCUGGUUUCCUGCCCAGGUAAUUUGGUUUGUCUUUGGUUGAUGGUUGGUUGGCCGGGUUUGUUUUUCCUACGAACUCCAGAACUUUGCACUGAGUGGCAGGGAGCUGAGUCUGUCAAAGGGCUGGUUAGACGAAAACAGCUUCCGCUGCCCUCAGGUGUGUCUUUGUGGCAGAGAGGAUGAGUUACUGAGGAUUACCAGCAAUGAUGGGAGCGAACACCUCCCCAGCCUGCCAGCCGUGCUCUCCUCCCAAGGCAGGCUGGAGGGGCUGACAGAAGCACGACAGCGGGGCGCUGCGGUGGCUGGGGGAGGCUCUCUCAUGGUUUAGCUCUGGUUGCUCUGAGCUUCUCCCGAGGAAAGGGGCAGUUUCUGAAGGCUCGUACCAGAGGUCUGCAAGCUGCCCGGCCAGGCAGACCGCUGCAGGGAGCCCGGAGUGACAGGGGGGGCUUGGAGAGCUGCUGUGGGUCAGUGUGGCAGGUACAGGAGCGUCACUGCGCUGAGCACAGCCCAGCAGACUUGGCGCUUCCUCCCCUGCCCUUCCCCUGAGCCUUGGCCCUUCUUCCCCACCCCAGUCCCCCUCUCUUCCUGUCUCAGUGCUGGGAAAGCUGGUGGAUCUGCUGGGCAGAGAUAAGAGCGCUUUUUUUGUAGCGGCUUCUGUCCUGUUUCUGCUUCCUGCAGUAUUUUUAACUUCCAGUCCAGCCAGACGAGAGCCCUGGAGCGUGAUGUGCCUGACAGGGCAGGACUCACCAGCAACGCUGCCGUGUGUGCAGAGCAUCAGGGGCUGCUGGAGUGAGAGACAUUUGGCUCUUCCCUCCAGCUCCACGGAGUGCUGCCAUGGGCUGGACCCUUCUGCUCCUUUGGCUGCCAGCCCAAUUUCCCUGUCUCUCUUCCCCAUUUGUAUCAGCUGCUCCAUCUCAGGCUUUUCCCAGCAGAUCUCCCUGGGCAGGAGGCAGCAUGGGCCAGGAAUAGCCAAGCCCUAAACUGUUGUUAGGUGCUGCGUUUAUCUGACUCCCCCUGUGGGGCUUUAGAGCCCUGAUCAGGGCUUGUCCAGGAGGUGCAGAGGCUGGCUGGGUCAGGUCAUUCUCUGUACAGAACCUCUGUUCAACUAGAACAUGGGCUGUAGGGGCAGGGGAGGCACCCCGACACUGUGCAAAGACAAAGCAAGACAAAGCCCACUGACAGAAACGUGCCAGCUGGGCAAGAGCAGCGCCCAAGGCAAACCUCUCCCAAGUGCCCUUCUGCUGCCUCGGAGGGGUGAGAGGUGGGGCAGGGGCACUGGGGAUGAGCUCAGCAGGGCAGGGGUUGAACGCAGCUGUUCUGUCCCAACAAUGUUUUUUUUCUUUCCUUCUCCCCUGUAUUAGGCUCAUAAGCGACAUUGGGCAGUGCCAGCCUAGGAGAAGGAAAGGGCUCAGCCUGUCUUCAGUAACAUGCCAGGGCCAGGUGCUUAAGGAGGAAUUACAGCCCUGCUUUCUGCAAUGCGUUUGCCUGAGCAAUGGAGUAGCCUGAGGUAGGAGCUUCCUCCAGGUUUCCUGGAGCUGGUUUGCUGGAAGCGGGAGGACUGCUGAGGUCUCAGCUUCAUCCAUGGUAGUGUACCUGGAAACACCUUGCAGUACCUGUCCCCUCUCAUUUCUUACAUGAGUUUUGUCUGUUAGGAGAAUGUUCUGUUGCAAAUGAGCAAAUUUCAGCUAAAGAUGUUCCUCUUUCAGACAGAUUCGUUCCCAGAAAAAAAAAAAAGCAGACCUUUACCCUGUAGCAUGGACGUAAGAGGGCAGACAGCUUUUAUCCUGUGCUGCGUGCUGGUGAGAGCACAGGGUACUGUGGUCACAGGCAGACAGGAUUGCUGAGCGUGUAUCUGCCUUGUCCCUCUGGGUGAGGAAGUCUCCAUCAGCUCAGUGCACAUGGCUUCUAGAUCAAGUUGAUAGCGUCAGCUCUGUUCUUUACAGAGACGAAGUCUUCAACUACCAGCUGUAGAUGGCUUGAGCUGCACUUAUUCAGAAUGCACAGGAGUGAGGCACCAGAGACAGCUUCUACAGAGGGCAGGGGUGCUGCUGAAAUCCACAUCCCUGUGUCAGAGGUUCCCUGCCCAGGGCAUCAGAGUUGAGGGCUGCCUGGCAAGCAAUUAGGGACUGACUUUUUGGGGCACCAGGGAUCCGGACUCUGGCCUGGAAGGUGACAACAGUUUAUAAGAGGAUGAAUGUUUUGUGUUGUUGCAUUGAGCUGUACAGUAAGCCAAGAAGAGACUCCCAAAUAAAUGCAGCUCAGCCGUUGGGCUUUGGCAGUGAGAAGUGGGGAUAGGCAGGUGAUCUGACACCUCCCCUCACACAAACCCUCCGCAGUCUCAGGUGCGACCCCUGCGCUCCCAGGCCCAUUCUCAUGCCUCUGCCAAGCCGUGCCCUGCCAAGCUGGGUGCAGCAGGGGCUGCGUCCCACCCCACAGAGCUGUCUGUCCCGGGCUGCAGCUGGGGUUGUUGGUAGGUCUCAGACCUUGUGCCUGACUAGGGAGGGAGCCGUGGCGUGAACUCCGUGUGUGCUGCUGCUGUGCUGGUCCUGCCUGUGUGGAGCUUCCUGCUGCCUCCCCGCAUGCCUCCCCCCAGAGGAGGGGGUCCCACGUUUCGUGCUGUGCAAUGGCGUUCCCUGCGCUUCCUCACAACCCCAGCUGUGCUCUAACACUGGCUUGCUCCUGCCAUGUGACUUCCUCACCCCCCCGCUCCAUUCCUAAGCUCUUCGUUUCCCAUCUGUCUGUUGGGUUAUUAUAAUAUAUAUUUUUUGUAAAUUUCUGUUGGAACAUUUUGUCAUUGUGAACAAAGAAAAAUGAAACCUUUUAAAACAUAUCCAUUUUAUUAAAUGAUUAUUAUUGUUAUUAUUAUUAAUAAUGUUUACUACCUGAAUUGAUCAGUGAAAUAAAUACA